UUAUUUUCUUUUAUCUAUGGUUGUGAUGGAAAUAAGUCACUUUGUACAAAAAUUAAAUUUAUAACCAUGGCUACCAAUUUCUUUCCACUUCAUUUAAUGUCAUCCAAUGUCAUCGAAAUUUCAUAAAUAUUCGAAAUGAGAAUUUAUAUAUCUGUUGUUUUUUGCAUAAUUAACAGCGGGUAUUGUAUGGACUGGUGCGCUUUAAAUUGUAAUAGAGGAGAACAUAUAGCAUGUACACUAAAGGGAGAUUGUAGCGUAACAGAGCCAUGCACUUUUAUGACUCUCAAUAAGGAAAAAAUACUUAAAUCCCAUAAUGCCUUAAGGGCUAAGUUUGCCAAUGGUAAAGAACCGAAAACUUCAGGAUUAACCGUUGCCAAUAUGCGUAGUCUACGUUGGGAUGGUGAUCUAGCGUUUACCGCUAGUUGUAAUGUAGGUAGAUGUCUACUUAUGGAACAUGAUUUUUGUCGUGGAAGUCCAGAGUAUCCAGCGGCCGGUCAAAAUUUAUGGCAGGUACAAUUUGCUGGCGAAGGGGAUUGCGGAUCCAAAUACGCAGAAGCAACAAGACUUUGGUAUGAUGAAAUCAGUCUUCUAAACAAGGAUCAAAUAAAAGAAAUGGCUAGCGCUUAUCAAGCGAUCCAAGGAACUGGACAUUUUACUCAAAUCAUUUGGGCCGAAACAGAAGCUAUAGGAUGUGCAAUGACACAAAAAAAGGAAGAAGGAAAUACGAUUUGCAAUUUAGCUUGUAACUAUGGACCAGCUGGUAAUGUGGACACGGGUGAAAUGUUAGCCGAAGGUGCACCGUGUAGUAUGUGUCCUGAAGGUACCAGAUGUGGGGAUGGUCUGUGCGGAUCUGCUGUAAAAUAUUAUCCUAUUUUGACAAUUUAUGCUAUGGUUCUGUUUUUAAUUAUUUUAAAUGUUCUGUGAGAGUUCUAUCAUGUUAGUUAGUUAUACGUUAUGUUUUCUGUAAAUUAAGUACAGAAAUUAAGUGUUUACGUAAAGUGUAACAUGUAAAAUACAAAUAAAUUGA